CACAGAGUCGAUGGGAGAGGGAACCACUGAGAAAAGUGAAACCACAUCCUCAUCUCCUUCUCCUGCAACCACUCCCACUUAGAAAAUAAGUGUCCUCCUUGAUAAACGGUAGAAGGAAAAGGGGUUUCAGAGCAACGACAAACACCAAUAGUUGAGAUGGGAUCUGGUUUCAGCGGCUGCGUUCGGCAACAAAGUCCAAAUAAGUCCAAAGACGGUGAGGCAAUACCUUUCAGCAACCCUUCAUCCACUGUUCGGAACUCAAACACAGCGUUUGGUCUGGACCUUUACCGUAUACUGAGUGAAAACCAUGCAGAUGGAAACAUGUUUUUCUCCCCUCUGAGCAUCAGUUCAGCUCUGGCCAUGGUCUAUCUGGGGGCCAAAGGAGAUACCGCCGAACAGAUGGCAAAGACCCUGUGUCUCGACACUGCCACUGAUGUCCACUCUGAAUUUCAAAAACUCGGCUCAAAAAUCAACAAACCCUCAGCUUCAUACCAAUUGAAACUGGUCAACUGCCUGUGUGGAGAAGAGACUUUCAACUUCUUCCCAGAGUUCAUUGAAGCCACACAGAAGUUCUACCAUGCAGAGCUGAAGGCUAUGGACUUCAUAGGGGCUGCAGAGGAGUCCAGAGCACAAAUCAACAGCUGGGUGGAAAAGAAAACAGACAGUAAAAUUAAAGUGAUGUUGAAACCUGGCACUCUAAGCAGCAUGACCAGGUUGGUUCUUGUGAAUGCAGUCUACUUUAAAGCACAAUGGAUAAGUGAGUUCCAUGAAGCUGAUACCAUGGAACACACCUUUCAAGUCAAUGAGAAUGAGAAAAGACAGGUGCAGAUGAUGGUUCAAGUCAAGAAGUUACCAUACAACUACAUACCCCAGUUCAAACUCCAAAUCCUGGAGCUUCCAUAUAAAGGGGAGGAGCUGAGCAUGUUCUUCCUUCUGCCUGCAGAUUCCAAUUACCCUGACCAGUUACUGGAGCUGGAGAGAGAGCUGACACCGGAGAGGAUCCACAAGUGGACCAAACGGCAGAAAAUGGGCACGAGGACCAAAGUCCAGGUUUCAAUCCCCAAGUUUAAACUGCAGGAGGACUAUCAGCUGAACACACCCCUGGCCUUGCUGGGCAUGGUGAAUGUGUUCGACCAGGACAGAGCAGACCUAUCUGGGAUGAGUGCAGCGAUGGAAGAGGAAGUCUACCUAUCCACUGUAGCCCACAAGGCCUUCGUAGACGUGAAUGAGAGAGGCACAGAGGCAGGCGCGUCCACAGGGGCAGAGGGCAAAAUGUACGGUUUCAGUAACAUGCAUUACUUCACGGCAGACCACCCCUUUAUUUUCUUCAUUAGACACAACCAGACCCAAUCCAUUCUGUUUCUGGGCAGGUUCUCUUCACCUGAGGAGGGUGACAGGGAGGGAAGAUUUCUGUAGGAAGGGAAAAUAAUGUUUUGAAAAACAUGUUACGUAAUGCAAGAGAGCCCUUCACAGUUUAGUUGAUUGUUGUUGAUCUUGUGAACCUUUACUACGUGGAUAGUGCUGUUAUGUAUUGUUAUGUAAAUAUAGCUCUCACGUGCUUAUAGUUUGUGAUAUUUAAAUGUAUUGAAAAUCAUCAAUGGUAUAAUAAAGUGAAAGUUUCUCUAUGUA